GGGGGGAAGUGUCCCAGACUGGAAGGGGGGGGAAAGUAUCCAGACUGGAAGGAGGGAAAGUGUCCGGACUGGAAGGGGGGGAAAGUGUCCAGACUGGAAGAGGGGAAAGUGUCUGGACUGGAAGGGGGGAAAGUGUCUGGACUGGAAGGGGGGGAAAGUGUCCGGACUGGAAAGGGGGAAAGUGUCCGGACUGGAAGGGGGGAAAAUGUCCGGACUGGAAGGGGGGGGGAGGAAGUGUCCGGACUGGAAGGGGGUGAAAGUGUCAUGACUGGAAGGAGGGAAAGUGUCCGGACUGGAUGGGGGGAAAAAGUGUCCGGACUGGAAGGGGGGGAAGUGUCCAGACUGGAAGGGGGGGAAAGUAUCCAGACUGGAAGGAGGGAAAGUGUCCGGACUGGAAGGGGGGGAAAGUGUCUGGACUGGAAGGGGGGAAGUGUCCGUUCUGGAAGAGGGGGAAAGUGUCCGGACUGGAAGGGGGGGGGAAUUGUCCGG